CUCUCCGAUGAAGCUUGACCUUAUUCGGAACCAUCUCGCGAGAAUCGGUCAAGGGUCGAAUUUGUAAGAUAACGAGCAUGAUGUAGAUUAUUGUGAAUUGAAACAGCUAUAUAAUAUCCGAUCUUAACAUGUAGAAUAUUUCUCACAUCAAGCCAUCGUUCUCUCACCUUGGAACACCUCGCACUUUACCUUCAGCCUCCAGAACGCAACUAUGGCCACCUCAGAGCCAAGCCGUCAUCAAUCUCUUUCAUCCCCCGCCUCCGAUGACGAUCGCCCUUCCCAAAUCGAACAGUAUAGCGAAAAAGCACCUUCGCAGCAAGAAGGAACUUCGGCACCAGACUUUGGUCCUCCGCCUGAUGGAGGAUUACAAGCUUGGCUAGUUGUUACUGGUGGCUUUUUUGCUGUGUUUGCUAGUUUUGGGUGGAUUAACUGUAUCGGCAUAUUCCAAGAUUACUAUGAGCAGAAUCAACUCAAAUCUUACUCCUCCAGUGAUGUAGCAUGGAUAUCAUCCAUCGAGUCAUUUAUGCUGUUUUUCUGGGGCCCAGUGGUCGGUUACAUGACAGAUAAUUACGGCCCUCGUAUUCCCAUCCUGAUCGGCUCAUUCCUCCAUGUUUUUGGUCUAAUGAUGACAUCCCUAUCCAAGAAAUAUUAUCAGAUUAUUCUAUCACAAAGUAUUUGCAGUGCAUUGGGCUGCUCAUUUCUCUUCUACGCGCCUAUCGCCGCUGCUGGAACAUGGUUCAAGCGUCAUCGCGCUAUCGCCUUUGGAAUUAUAACCGCUGGAUCCAGUCUCGGUGGUGUCGUCCUUCCAAUCAUGGUAAACAAGCUUGUUGUCCGAGUUGGCUUCGGUUGGGCGAUGCGAUCAGUGGCAUUCCUUUUCUUGGGACUACUGGUCAUUGCGAACGUUACUAUCAAAUCAAGGUUGCCACCACCUCGCAGAAAGUUUGACAUCAAAGACUUCAUCACGCCGUUCAAGGAGAUGCCGUUUCUUCUUUUGACCGUCGCUGGUUUCAUGCUGUAUCUUGGUUCCUUCUUGCCCUUCAACUUUAUCAUCGUCCAAGCGAAGGAACUUGGUGUGUCGGACAGCCUGGCCCAGUAUCUGGUCUCUAUCGUCAACGCCGCUUCUACUUUUGGCCGUCUUGUUCCCGCAUAUUUCGGCGAUCGCAUCGGCGUCUUCAACGUCAUGAUCCCUUUGACCCUGCUAGGAGGCAUCUUUACUCUCACAGUAUGGCUCACUGCACACUCCACAGCUUCAGUCAUUGCCUAUGCCGCCCUAUAUGGAUUCGCAUCAGGCUGCACUUUAUCUAUCGUACCAGCUAUGGUUGCUAGCUUCUCGGAUGUUCGCAGCAUAGGAACUCGCAAUGGCGCUCUCUACGGUGUUGCCGCGAUUGGUGCCCUCAUUGGAAGCCCAGUCGCUGGAGCCAUCGUUAGCGCUGAAGAUGGUAAUUUUUCCGGACUGAUUAUCUUUUGUGGUGUUACGAUUCUAGCCGGUGCCGCGUUUGCAAUUAUGUCGAGACAGGCGUUGACUGGAGGUCAAUGGUUGAAGAAAGUUUGAUAUAGAUGUGAGACACCUUCAUCGCUUUCUCAAUAGUUAGUUGAACUUAUGGGAGAUAAUCCAGGAAGAUUAAAGGCACGAUAGAUUGUGUAUAAUAUAAUUCAGACUAGAAUGGCUCUUUCUCAGGUAAUUGUCAAGAUGAAG